UUCUUGAUGCUAUUUGGCUUUAUAGUGAUGGGCCUCAACUACAGCGAAAGGGGAGGGAGAAACUACCCGAAUUUCUAAAGGAUCACGGCUGCUGUCGAGUUUUCAUCACAUCUGUUCCUAAGAGGGUGAUCGGAUUAAAUUACUGCAAAUUCAGCCUGAAUGAAGCUUUCCCCCCGCCUCUCCUGACCCCUCCCCGCAGUAGAGAGGGAAGGGAGCCUCAAGCAAUAGUGCAAGGAGAAAGAGACAGCCAGGCACGGUACAAGAGGGAGGGGGAAAGUGAUCGACAGAUCCAAUGAGGAGAAGGCAGCCAACUGGCUUCCAGCGAGCCUGGAGACAAUUGAUCUGCGGGAGCUGGCUCGGGCUUCCUCUUCAACGUGAUGCACAGUCCCAGCGUCGGAACAUUGCCGCUCGCCUGAGCUGGCGGCAGUGGCUCCGAGUCGCCUCUGGCCAGCUACUCGUGGCGUGGGAAUCGCCCUGAAUCGCAGCCAAGCGUGCCAGCAGCGCCAGAGUCCGUCGAGGCGACUCUUUCCCCCUCCCCGUUGCCUUUCGCAUGGCAUGAUUUCAUUGAGAAGCCUCCGCAGUCAGCCGCCGCCGUCGGGUCCCCCACGUGGACUCGCGGGUGCUGGUCACAUUGGCAGGCGGGUGCUGCAGACUUGAGGCUGGGGAGCGGCGGCGGCGAGAGCAGCAGUUCGCGAGCGAGUCGGUCUUUGCAGCAGGAGGAGAAGCCCCUCGGUCUCGCCGCGGCUCAGUGAAGCUCCCUGGGCUGCAGGAGCCAGCGAGAGGAGGAGGAAGAAGAAGACGACGCUGCACCGGGCUUCGCAUCGGGGCGCAGCGGCGGCAGGAGCAGCAGCAGCAGCAUGCCGGCAGCAGCUGGCGACGGGCUCCUGAGCGAGCCCCCGGCGGCGAGCUUCGGCGACGGCGGCGAUGAGCCCACGACGCCUCCCCUCAGCCCGGAGGGGACUUUCUUGGCAGCCUGGGUCAACGCCGAGGCGUCCCGGGAGCGCCUUCGCGAGUUCCAGCACACCAAGCGCGUCGGCAACUACCUGAUCGGCAGGAAGUUGGGCGAGGGCUCCUUCGCCAAAGUACGGGAAGGGCUGCACGUCGUGACCGGAGAAAAGGUGGCAGUGAAAGUUAUUGAUAAGAAAAGAGCCAAAAAGGACACCUAUGUCACCAAGAAUCUGAGACGAGAGGGACAGAUCCAGCAAAUGAUUCGACAUCCGAACAUUGCGCAGCUGCUGGAUAUCUUGGAAACUGAAAACAGUUAUUACCUUGUCAUGGAGCUAUGUCCCGGUGGCAACUUAAUGCACAAGAUCUAUGAGAAAAAAAGACUGGAAGAGCAUGAGGCACGCAAAUAUAUCUGGCAGCUUAUUCUGGCAGUUGAGCAUCUACAUCGUGCUGGAGUGGUUCACAGAGAUUUGAAGAUAGAAAAUCUCUUACUGGAUGAAGACAACAAUAUUAAGCUUAUUGACUUUGGCUUGAGCAACUGUGCAAGUAUCUUGGGUUACUCUGACCCAUUCAGCACACAGUGUGGCAGUCCAGCCUACGCAGCACCAGAACUGCUUGCAAGGAAAAAAUACGGUCCCAAAAUAGACGUUUGGUCCAUUGGUGUGAAUAUGUAUGCAAUGCUGACUGGGACACUGCCUUUUACUGUGGAACCAUUCAGUCUGAGAGCUUUGUACCAGAAAAUGGUGGAUAAAGAAAUGAAUCCUUUCCCUACUCAGCUUUCUACAGCUGCUGUAAGCUUCCUACGAUCUCUCUUAGAACCAGAUCCUGCAAAGAGACCAAACAUUCAACAAGCUUUAGCAAAUCGUUGGCUUAAUGAGAAUGGAAAACCACUGAAUCAUGUCCCAUAUCCAAACAGGAUUCACCUGGAAGACAUGAGCCAAAGUGUGCUGCUCUAUAUGACUGAAAAGCUUGGCUAUAAGAACAGUGAUGUGAUCAAUACUGUCCUUUCUAACAGAGCUUGCCACACUCUUGCCAUCUAUGUCCUACUUAAUAAGAAGCUGGAGCGCUAUUUGGCAGGUCUUAGAAAGGCAGACGUUCCUGAUAACAUGUAUGUGAACCAACUGUGUCGGAUAGAAAAAUACAAAUCCAAUAAGGAUUCCUAUGAGGACAAAAAGGUCAAAGAACAAGAAACAAAAGACGAACCUCUUCACCCACUUCUGAAGAAAUCUGAGAAAAAUCCCCCUUCCUACAAAGAACCUUCCUCCUGCCUUGUGACACAGUUACAAAAUCCGAAAGCUCUGUUGAAUGAUCGCAGAGCUAGCCAGGGUGGUGUUACAGAGAAAGAUUCUCCUAGUGGUUUGAGCCCUUUCCACGAAUCAGCAACAGCCAAGACAGGUUGCGUCACCUCCUAUUCCUUAGAAUACCUUGAAAUUCAACAGCCUGUUCCAAGGACCCCAAGGCUUACGAAGCGGCAAGAUUCCCCUCAGCAGGAGCCUUCAAGCCCAGGGAGCCAGAAUUUGGAUUCUCCUUUAAUUUUGAACAUUGUGCAUUCUUUUGAAACUGGUGACAGAGAGGACCAAAUAGACCAAGUUUCUCCCAGUCAUCAAUAUCGAAUGCUAAGCUCACCAGUAAAUUUUGGCCGGAGAAGCUCCAGUGAAAGGACAUUGUCUCCCCUUUUCCAACCUGGAGGCACUUCUCCCAGUCCUACUAAAAGUCCAGUUCACCCCACUCAACUGUCAUUCACAUAUGAUGAAAAAACCAGUUCCUUUAGAGAAGAAGCUGUUUCUCCAACCCAGCUAAAUAACACAUCUAAUCCCUUGGGGAGCCCUAACUGUGUGAAAAGUAGAGGCCGAUUCCCCAUGAUGGGCAUUGGACAGGUGAUGAGGAAAAGGAAUCAGUCAGUAGGAUCACCCACUGAGAAGACUCUGGAAGCAAGGAUGCCUCAGUUGCAGCAAAUGAGCCCAACACAAAUUUCAUUCAAUAUAAUGGACCCAAUAAAUGGCCAGUGCUGAACAGUUCUGGAGGCUUACAUUUGUGUAGUGCUGGUUUCUGGGAUUUGCAUUUUCCAUAUAAGUAGUGAAAAAUAGCAGUCAUAAUGUUCUGUCUAUAUAGAUUAUCACAUCUAAUAAGAAAAUCACAAGGCCAUAUCUUCUAGUAGCCUUUCAUAGUGCAGUUGAGGAAAAGACAACUACUGCAAGUGUUGUGAAGACUUGCUUGAUUUUAAAGUCCUACAUGAGUUCCCCAAGUAGGUACUUUUUUUCUGUAUCCUAAUAUUACACAGAGGUUUUUGUCAACGAAAGACUACUCCACCUAACAGCAUGAUUUAACAGUGAAAUUGGGAUUUGUUAAACUGACCAUUCGACUUCUGAAGCCAUAGUUGACAGACUUGUUAGGCAAUAUCAUGGCUGUUCCACUAGGACAAGCGUUGCUCAUAUAACUCAAAGAGGACAAUUAAUAAAGGACCAAGAAUGUUUUCAUGUUUCUCAAAAAGAUAUGUUCUCUGAAUUCAUAUAUUGAAUGAAGACGAGACAGACCUUUAAGGACUUGGGGACACAAAACAUAAAAGCUAGAUAUAACAGAGCAAGAUGCUGAUAAAGCAGUUUUCAACUGUCUGAUUAUCUACCUAAAAUCAGCCUGUAUUUUUCCUAAACAAAAUGUUCAUUUGAUAAGAGAUCUACUGUAAAGGACAUGUCCAUCUCAAAAUAUAAGGAAAUAUAUUGAAAUAUAAGGAAAUCUACAUGCACACUUUCCUUCUUACCAUAAGACUAGCCAUGGGUGCUUACAAAUAUGAACUAGAACAAUAGUUCACAUUUCUAAAUGCUCUACUUAAAAAACUUGGUCAUCUCUUUGUAUAGUUGUACCAUUUAUGUGAAACUGUCUUUAAAAUAUUGUAUAAUCUCUGUUAUAAGCAAACUGCAUUGGACAUACUUGAAAGUGUUGCUGAGAAACUCUGCACUGCAUUAAGAGGAGUUUUCAAGGACACAUCUGCUAGCUCCAGUGCCAUUUGCAAAUGGCACAAACAGUAAUGCAGUUGCUAUCAAAAAUUCAGUAGUGCUAUGAACUGUGAAGAUUAACUUUCAUAAAAAGCAAACAUGUUCUGUACUCUGCAGCUCUUUUUUUUUCAUAGUAAAGGAAGUGUCUGAAUAAGAAAACAGGCUUUUUGUGCAAAUCAUUUGCUAUGAAUUUACAGGCUUUUAACCAAAGACUGUUCUAUGGUUUAUCUGUGCCCUGUUGGCAUAUGAAUUAUGUGUACAGGACUGUGGAUGAUUGUUAGCAUUUGGCUGGCACUGUGGCAAGUUGCUAUCUAUGUGCUUCCCCUCCUCUAGUAUACAUACUAAGUGGAUGUUAAUGCCUUCUUUAAAGGAGAAAUCGGAGACAGCAUAAGGGGCUUUUUUAAUUGUUGCAGAAUUGUUAUAUUUAUGCUUUUCAAGUCAUUCAAUUCAUUAGGAAAGGCUGUAAGAUGAUGAUUUUUCCCCCAUUGAGAUGAUCAUGAUAUUACGAAAACCCCAGGCAAAUAUCUGCUUGCUGUCAAAUAUUUCUUCAGAAUGAGGAGUGGGGAACAGAAGUGGAUGGAGUAUCAAACACAGCAGUAGUUCUUUGCCUGCAGCUACCUUGAAAUCUUUUGGAUAUCAGUGGGUCCACAUGUCUGUGUAUGAAUAUUUCUGAGACAGAAGCACCCUUAUGUAAUGCCAUACGGGAAAGAGGCAUGCAUGAGAGCAAUUGUCUCCGAGAUGGCAGUGGCUUCACUACAGAUCACUUCCAAUUCGGGAUCUCAAUAAUUGCAUUUCCACAGCUAUCAUGGCAUAACAAUGAAAUGACGCUAUACCCAACCCUGUGGACCUGUAACUAAGGCUUAGUUGUGAUAAACAGGUAUAUGUCUGGCCUGUACCACUUUUCAUAUUUAAAAAAUCGCUGUACAUAGAUGUUGGAGACAAGGGUCCCUGCCUGUCAUUCUCCCUGACAUGCUAGUGUUCUUUGGGUAGGGAUAUAUCUUUUUUUCAUGGAGAAGCAUUUUGUUGUAUCAAGCCUCACAUGCAGUCUGAAGCUGUAUGGUUCUACAACCUGAUCUGUGGUGUAUGAGAACCAGGGCUAAGAAGGGGGUGGGGGGCAGGCCAUACUUGAAAGCUGUGCAGCUUGCUUGAGUCAAAUGAACAUCCACAUCGGCCUGUAAGGCUGGGAAGGUUUCAAAUUCCUUGGGGUAAACAAUUAUCUCUCUAGGUGCCAGAAUCAAACAUUUUGGCAUCCACUGACUGCAGAGAAGUAGAGUGGGGCUAGAACAUGGCAUGGAAGAAAUGUGAAAACUCCAGUGUUCUAAUUUCUAGUCAUGCUGAACUUGACUUUACUCGCUUAAGAGAGUUUCAGGCUCCAAACUCUAGGGCUGUUCCAAAGACUCCACAUUCUGAACCGCUAACACCCCUGCCGUAGGGUAGUGUUGUUUACACUUUCACUCCAGCUGCCCCUACCGCUGCUGUACAAACCAAUCUACAUUUUAAACUUGAUCAUGUAUAAAACACUGUUCGCAGUUCAACAGACAAAAAUACAAUACAAAACACCAUAAACAAAGGUCCCCUUGUUGCAAUCGGAAUAUGGCAUGCUGUAAAGACUCCUCUCAAAAUUUGAGGCAGUUUCUUUAAAAUAACGAAAAACAUUCUGGUAGAAUAUAAGAGCCUAUACAUCACUGAAGUUUGUGGAAGUCAUAAAGUUUAUUUGGUGGUAUUUACUCACAUAACAUAAAACUGAUAAGGUUGUUAUCAGUGUUCCCUGUAACAGAGAUUUCCAGAUGUUGUCGACUACAACUUCUGUUAUCCCCAAGCAAAGGCCAAUGCAGUUGGGGAAGAUGGGAUCUGGGAAUCCCUGUUAGAGGGAACACUGGUGGUGACAUUUGGUAUACCAUCCUGUAUAUGCUUCAGACUUCUGUACCUAAAUGUCUUGCAAAUACUGUACUAAGUUGAACUAUCAACUCAGGUUUAUUUGGAACCCAAUGAAACAUUGGGGGAAAGCAAGAAAGAACUGUAUUUUUGUGAACACAAUGGUAAAUAUAUGUAAUAUCAGAAUGAAUCGUUGUUGCCAAAUCUUUUUUAAUUAUAAAAUACGAAUAUUGCA